AUGGAUUAUGAUGACCAGUUUGAUGACCAGUUUGAUGACCCGUAUGAUGACCGGUACGAUGACCAGUAUGAUGAACAGUACGAAGACCAGUACGAUGUCCCGUAUGAUGACCAGUACGCUGACCAGAACGAUGACCAGUAUGAUGUCCAGUAUGAUGACCUAUUGGAUGACCAGUACUAUGACCAGAACGAUGGCCAGUAUGAUGACCAGUUUGAUGAUCAGUACGAUGACCAGAACGAUGGCCAGUAUGAUGACAAGUAUUAUGACCAGUAUGAUGACCAUAAGAAGCACAGUGAUGACAAGAGUGGUGACCAUGUUGAUGACGAUAGUGUUGACCUUUAUGAUGACCAGUAUGAUGCCAAUUGUGAUGACCAGCAUGAUGACCUAUAUCAUGACCAGAGUGAUGACAAGCAUGAUGACCAGUAUGAUGACCGGAAAGAUGAACUGAUUGAUGGCCAAAGUGAGAACCAUUAUUCUUACCAGUUUGAUGACCAGUAUGAUUAUCGGUAUAAUGAGAAGAAUGAUUAUGGCAAGCGGUUCGAUGCAUAA